CGUUUUGUAACCUACAAAAAAUAUUUUCAUUUGAAUUCCCUACCCGCGCAGACAUGCACUAUGCGGUAAUAUCAUCGUAAAUAACUUCGUUAAUCAAGGAAUUGUGUAAAAGUAUCAUAAAAACUAGUUUUCAGUGUGAUUUUAUGUGAUAAAAGUGCCUAGAUCAGCUUCCGGCGUUCACAUCAACUUUUUUUUUAAUCCGCCACAAUGUCGCGCGACAGAUCAUCGAAGCGGUUCUACCGCGCUGAGUCUACUCAUGACCUGCUCUCCUACAUGGACAAGGGUCAGGCUGCCAGCGAUGAGAACAGGUGGACCUUCGAGACUGCUUGGGAGGUCGCUAACAAAGUGGGAGGCAUCUACACGGUGAUCAGAUCGAAGGCGUAUGUCUCCACCGAGGAGAUGGGAGAGAACUACUGUUUGCUGGGACCGUACAAGGAACAAUGUGCGAGAACAGAAGUGGAAGAGGCUGAGUUUCCUCCUAACUCACCGCUCACUACUGCCGUCAAUGCCAUGAGGAGCCAAGGAUAUAAGCUCCACACCGGCACCUGGCUAGUAGACGGCAACCCUCAAAUCAUCCUCUUCGACAUCGGGUCCGGCGCGUGGCAGCUGGACGGCUACAAGCAGGAGUUGUGGAGCACGUGCGGCAUAGGCAUACCGCAUCUCGACAUCGAAGCCAACGAUGCCGUUAUACUCGGCUUCAUGGUGGCGCAGUUUAUUGGGGAAUUCCGCAAGGCGGCGGAGGGCUACAGCGACACGCCGCCGCGUGUUGUGGCGCACUUCCACGAGUGGCAGGCCGGCAUCGGACUUAUUAUGCUCAGGACCCGUCACGUAGAUGUGGCUACAGUGUUCACGACUCACGCCACUCUGCUCGGUAGAUACCUGUGUGCUGGCAACACUGAUUUCUACAACAAUUUGGAUAAGUUCUCAGUAGACGAGGAAGCAGGCAAGAGACAGAUCUACCACCGAUACUGCAUGGAGCGAGCGGCGGCACAUAUGACUCAUAUAUUUACAACCGUUUCCGAUAUCACUGGUUACGAGGCAGAACAUCUCCUGAAACGCAAGGCAGACAUCAUAACCCCCAACGGUCUGAACGUGAAGAAGUUUUCAGCGUUACACGAGUUUCAGAACCUCCACGCCUUAGCCAAGGACAAGAUUAACGAGUUCGCUAGAGGACAUUUUUACGGUCACUUCAACUUCGAUCUGGACAAGACGCUGUACUUCUUCAUCGCGGGCCGCUAUGAGUUCGGUAACAAGGGCGCCGAUAUAUUCAUCGAGGCUUUGGCUAGACUUAACCAUUAUUUGAAGUCAUCAGGCUCAGACAUGACAGUAGUAGCGUUCAUGAUAUUCCCCGCUAAAACCAACAACUUCAACGUUGAAAGUCUACGCGGUCACGCAGUCACUAAGGCACUCAGAGACACCAUCAAUGAUAUACAGCAGAAGAUUGGCAAGAGGAUGUAUGAUAUCUGUCUAAGUGGUCAUCUCCCCGACGCGUCAGAUCUCUUACACAAGGAGGACACGGUGCGUCUGAAGAGAUGCAUCUACAGUCUACAGCGAGAUGGUCUACCUCCCAUCACUACGCAUAAUGUUGUGGACGACUGGAGCGACCCCGUACUGAAUUCUAUCAGAAGAUGUGAACUUUUCAACACAGUUAAUGACAAAGUUAAGGUAAUAUUCCACCCAGAAUUCCUGACCUCCACGAAUCCCCUCUUCGGCCUGGACUACGAGGAGUUCGUGCGAGGAUGUCACCUGGGAGUGUUCCCCUCGUACUACGAGCCGUGGGGAUACACCCCCGCCGAGUGCACUGUCAUGGGCAUACCUAGCAUCACUACUAAUUUAUCAGGUUUCGGUUGCUUCAUGCAGGAGCACAUAGCGGACCCGAUGUCGUACGGCAUCUACGUGGUGGACCGCCGGUACAUAUCGCUCGAGGGCUCCGUGCAGCAGCUCGCGCAGUACAUGUUUGAUUUUACCAAACUCACACGGCGACAGCGUAUUAUUCAAAGGAACAGGACAGAGAGAUUGUCAGAUCUACUGGAUUGGAGAAAUCUAGGCAUUUAUUACCGCCAAGCCCGUGCCGAAGCGUUGAAGAUAGUAUACCCAGACUACGUAGACCACAUGGACCAGGAACUGGGCAAGCGGUUCAACUACCCGCGGCCCAUAUCCGAACCUCCCAGUCCUACGCAUUCUAGAGGUACAACACCGGCCGCGUCAGUCCACGGUUCUGAUGAUGAAGACGAGGUGGAUGAGGAGCAGGAACUAGCCGAGCUUAGGAUCAGCGAUAAAUAAGUAUAGUUAUAUACUCUAAGUAAGUUAUGUAAGUCUUUGUCUGGUAGAAACAGAUUUGUGGAGUAAUUUCUGCUGGAGGUCAAAGAAAGUUGUAGUUUGGUAGAUUUUGAAAUGUGUUUGAUUCAAUGUACAUAGUUGAGGUUCGGUUUCUACCAAAGUUUGAAAAACUACUAAUUUGGUAGAUUUUUAAUACGUUUUAAUCUUCGCAGCUAAGAUAGGAAAUAUUUAAAAAAUAUUGUCUGCAUUUUUUUGGCAGAAAUAUUAUGAUGUUUUUAGGGAAGAACUACCAUAUUAGAACUUUUUUUGAUCUUUAAUACAGACCAGUGGCAUGUCCAAAAGAGUAAACUUAUGUUAAUAUCAGUAAAGAGAAGAUUGAGAUUUCCCAUGAAUCUGUUUCUAUUAGAUACAGAACGAUAUUUUACUAUUGUGUUGGCAAAAAUCGCAAAAACAAUGAUUUACUUUAAAAAUCAGUGAAAAAUGAAAUACAAAAUUGUAAACCGAAUUAUUUACAGAAAAAAAUUGAUAACAAUUGAUAUAUUCUAUAGGCUAUUUACACUCAGUUAAAACUUGUUUACAAUUGGUUUAAAAGUUAUUUACAAUUGGUUAAAAAGUUAUUUACAAAUGUAAUAAUAUCUCUUACUUUCUCCCCUUCGCCAAUACUGUAUUUAAGUCAAUAUAAUCUAUUUUUUAUACUUUUAACGAUCAGUCCUUACGGGUCAUACAAGACGUUAUAAGAAUUAAAAUUAAGAAGUGCAAUUUUGAAGUAUAUUGUAUUCAAAUAUAUAUAUUUUAUAUUGGGAUGGGUAAAAAUUAUCUUGAAAACAUAAUACCUAUAUUUUUGGUAUCUUAAUUGGUGGAUGACAAAAAGCAACUUAAUGAAAUAAAAUUCUUAUUUAGGCUCUAAAAGCUAAAAAUACUUUUUUAUAUAUUUUAUACGAAGUUUUCCUAUAAAAUUGAUUAUAUGAAUUUAUUGAAAAUAAUGUCAUUUCUUCCAUUUCAUAAGUUCCUGUUACAUUUAAGAUUAAAUAUAUAUAUUUAUAUUUUUAAUGAAUUUCUAAAGAAACUUAAGUAAUUAUCGUGUUCCUUCUUGCCUCUACUUCACAUAUAUAUAUUAUAUCAUUUACUAAACAUUUUAGUCUCGAAAAACGCUCGAUUUUAAAUAAGCAAUAAAUGAUAUAAGGUAUAUUUUCUUGCCCUUUUUAUAUGUAUAAUUUAAGUUAUUUUCUUACAUAAUAUAUUUUUUGUACUAUCUACCUAUGAAAAUGUAUAACCCAUUUACUGCGGAUUCCAUAAUAUAGAUUGAAAUAAUAUAUUAGAUUAACGACGUCAAAAACCAUCAAAUGACCCCUCCCGCUGUGGGUUAGCAGCGGUGAGGGAGUGUCAGACUCUUACUGACUAAAAACCGUCGUGUUCCGUCGUAGGCCUUUUAUGUACCAGGGCCGCGGUAUCUCUUUCGAACAACCCGCAGCCCCUGCAGGCCCCAAAUUUCGAUCUUAUUGUAGGUAUUCGUUUGUCUCUUCGCGGUCCUGGUAUAUAAAGGGUAAGAGUCUGACACUCCCUCACGCUGCACCCACAGCGGGAGGGGUCAUUUGGUGAUUGCCCAACAAAAAAAAUGGAUCAAAAAUGUCAUUGGUAGAUAGUACUUGCAAUAGUAUUCUAUGAAAUAUUUGUAGAAUAGAAUUAUUUUUAUAUACAUAAUUUAUGGUAAACUUAGUGUUUAAGAAUUUUUAAUUUAAUAUAUCUUUAUUUUUAAAAUAUAUAUAAGAGAAGUAUACUCAUAUUUUAUUAAUUGAACAAAACAGAGUUGGAAAUGCAUUAAAAAUUCAUAAAAUAAAAAAUAAGUUUUUUAAUA